UGGCAACUCUGCAUUGCACUCGCACUGAAAUUGUCUGCAAGACAUUUUUUUGUGCCCCACUGAAAAGUGAAAAAAAUUAGCAUUAAUUGUUUAGAUAAAGCAUUAAAUUGUGCUUAAAUAGGCAAAGUGUGUGGCUGACACCCGAUAAUGUCCUGUGCCGCAACGUUAACGGCGGCCAAAGACUCAACAAAUGCCGCUGCCAGUGGAGCAUCUUCAGCCACAUCGGUGGGUGUGGUAGUCAGCGGAGGUAGCACUGUGACAGCUGGUGUGGGCAACGGGGGCAGUGGCGGCGGUGGAGGUGGAGGAAAUACUGCUGCUGGCUCAGCCGCGGCAGUCGCUCGAAGAUUCUCCAUGGAGGGAGUUGGUGCGCGUGUAAUUCGUGGUCCCGACUGGAAGUGGAACAAGCAGGAUGGCGGCGAGGGACACGUGGGCACCGUGCGCAACUUCGAGUCCGCCGAGGAGGUUGUCGUUGUCUGGGACAAUGGCACCGCUGCCAAUUAUCGCUGUGCCGGCGCCUAUGACCUGCGCAUCUUGGACAGCGCUCCGACGGGCGUCAAGCAUGAGGGCACCAUGUGCGAUACUUGCCGACAGCAGCCGAUCUUUGGCAUACGCUGGAAGUGCGCCGAGUGCAUCAAUUACGAUUUGUGCUCCAUUUGUUAUCACGGCGAUAAGCAUCAUUUGCGGCAUCGUUUCUAUAGGAUUAGCACGCCGGGCGGGGAGCGUGCGAUGCUCGAGCCGCGUCGCAAGUCCAAGAAGGUCCUGGCACGUGGCAUCUUUCCAGGCGCCCGUGUAGUUCGCGGCGUCGAUUGGCAGUGGGAGGAUCAGGAUGGUGGCGUUGGACGUCGCGGCAAGGUUAACGAGAUACAGGAUUGGUCAUCCGCCUCACCGCGCUCCGCCGCCUAUGUCAUCUGGGAUAAUGGCUCGAAGAAUCUGUAUCGCGUGGGCUUUGAGGGCAUGGCCGAUCUGAAGGUGGUGAACGAUGCCAAGGGCAGUAAUGUAUAUCGUGAUCAUUUGCCGCUUCUGGGCGAGAACGGGCCGGGCAAGGGACCGCAUGGCUUUCAGAUUGGCGACAAGGUCACAGUGGAUCUGGACUUGGAGAUAGUGCAAUCUCUGCAGCAUGGACACGGCGGCUGGACAGAUGGCAUGUUCGAAUGCCUCAGCAAUGCGGGCAUGGUUGUUGGCAUCGAUGAGGAUCAUGAUAUUGUCGUUGCCUACAAUUCGGGCAAUCGUUGGACCUUCAAUCCCGCUGUGCUCACCAAGGUAUCGUCGCCAACCACAGCACCGCCCGAAUUCCAAGUGGGCGACAUCGUCAAGAUUUGCUCGGACGUGGAGAGCAUCAAGAUGCUGCAGCGUGGACAUGGUGAAUGGGCAGAUGCCAUGCAACUGACACUGGGUAAAAUUGGACGCGUUCAGCAAGUGUACCAUGACAAUGACCUCAAAGUGGAGGUGGGCAACACAUCCUGGACAUACAAUCCGCUCGCUGUCUGCAAGGUGCUCUCCACCGGUGCUGCUGGAGCUGCUGCUGGUGCCGCCGGCGAUGGCAAUUGUGCUCCGGUGAUUCCCAGUGGAGAACGCUUGUCAGCCAUUCUAAAGAAACUCUUUGAACCGAAUGUAUCUGGUGAUGCCACCGAGGAGUUUGUCAAGGCAGCUGCCAAUGGAUUUGCCUCUCGCUGCGAGGAGUACUUGGCUGGCGCUGCACAACCCUCCACGUCCAGUGCGGCAGCUGCCGCAGCUGCUGGCAGUCCCAGUGGCGGAGCCGUGCCCGAGGUGAAUGUGAAUGGAGUGUUUGCUGGUCACACGGCCCUGCAGGCGGCCAGUCAGAAUGGUCAUAUUGAGGUCAUUCAAGUGCUGUUGCGUCAUGCUGUCGAUGUGGAAAUCGAGGACAAGGACGGCGAUCGAGCUGUUCAUCAUGCCGCCUUUGGGGAUGAGGCGGCUGUUAUUGAGAUUCUGGCCAAGGCUGGAGCGGAUUUGAAUGCGCGCAACAAGCGUCGUCAGACCUCGCUGCACAUUGCCGUCAACAAGGGACAUCUGAAUGUGGUCAAGACGCUGCUCACGCUGGGCUGUCAUCCCAGUUUGCAGGACUCCGAGGGCGAUACGCCACUACACGAUGCCAUAUCAAAGGAGCACGAUGAGAUGCUGUCGCUGCUUUUGGACUUUGGCGCUGACAUAACUUUAAAUAAUAAUAAUGGAUUUAAUGCUCUGCAUCAUGCUGCGCUUAAGGGUAAUCCCAGCGCCAUGAAAAUACUCUUGACUAAAACGAAUCGUCCAUGGAUUGUGGAGGAGAAGAAGGAUGAUGGCUACACCGCAUUGCAUUUGGCGGCACUCAAUAAUCAUGUGGAAAUCGCCGAGCUGCUCGUCCACAUGGGCAAGGCCAACAUGGAUCGACAGAAUGUGAAUCUUCAGACGGCUCUGCAUUUGGCCGUGGAGCGUCAACAUGUCCAGAUUGUUAAGCUAUUGGUGCAGGAUGGCGCCGAUUUGAAUAUUGCUGAUAAGGAUGGCGAUACGCCGCUGCAUGAGGCACUGCGUCAUCAUACGCUGUCGCAGCUGAAGCAACUGCAGGAUGUGGAGGGCUUUGGCAAGUUGUUGAUGGGUCUUCGCAAUGCCAACAACAAAAAGGCAUCCGCAUCGAUUGCUUGCUUUCUGGCCGCCAAUGGAGCUGACUUGACACUCAAGAACCGAAAACUGCAAACGCCGUUGGAUUUGUGCCCUGAUCCGAACCUCUGCAAGACUCUUUUGAAGUGCUAUAAUGAGCGUAAAACGGAUGAUGCCGAGUUGCCUGGAAAUGUGGCUGGCACAAGUCUCAAUGCACGUGCUCGUGCUCAAAGUGCAGCGGCAGCGGGAACUGCAACUGCUGGUAUGCAUCAGUCGGCCACAGCGAAUAUACCACUCAAUACUGUAGCCUCGGGCAGCGCCUUUGGCAUUAACGGCAUCAGCACGGACAUGGCGCAGUCCCUGCACGUGGAGAGCAGCAGCAGCAACAGCAAGAAUUCCACCAACGUUGGCAAUGCCAACAACAACAAUAAGCCAACCAGCCUGGAGGAAUGCCUCGUCUGCUCGGAUGCCAAGCGGGAUACGGUCUUCAAGCCAUGUGGUCAUGUCUGCUGCUGUGAGACUUGUGCUCCUCGUGUCAAGAAGUGCCUCAUUUGCCGGGAGACGGUCUCGUCACGUGAGAAGAUUGAUGAAUGCCUUGUUUGCUCGGAUAAACGUGCCGCCGUCUUCUUUCGUCCCUGUGGCCACAUGGUUGCCUGCGAGCAUUGCAGUGCACUAAUGAAGAAGUGCGUCCUCUGUCGCACCCAGAUCGAUGAAAUGUUAUCCUUCACCCUCUGCUGCGGUGGCAAUGGCACCGCUGAAAAGGUAACCAUUGCCGGCACCGCUUGCCUCAUCACAACCGAGGAGAAGUUCAUUGAGCCGCCGUGUGUCAACACCUCCGGACAUAGCGUGGCCAUGAACAACACGGUGGUCACCCCGGUGGCAGGCGGCAGCUGCAGCAGCAGCAAUCAAUUGAAUAGCCAGAAUAAUUUAUUGGCUGCUGCGGCAGCAACGGCAGCCAACGUUAAUAAUAUGCCAGCAUCGGGCAUGUUGGCACCAUCCAAUGUCAACAAUUUCCAAAUGGACGAUGUGCAGAAACUGAAGCAACAAUUGCAGGACAUCAAGGAGCAGACAAUGUGCCCCGUUUGCUUCGAUCGGAUCAAGAAUAUGGUAUUUCUAUGUGGACAUGGCACCUGCCAGAUGUGCGGUGAUCAAAUUGAGGGAUGCCCCAUAUGCCGCAAGACAGUGGAGAAGCGCAUAUUGUUAUUCUGAAGCACAACAUAUCAAUAUCCAUUGUUGGCACACAUUCCGCGCACAAUCUCCAAGCACAUUUUGCAUGCGAAUCGGCCUUAAAUUAAGUAUUAUUUAGCGAAUAUCUACAGAUAUACAUACAGAUUAUGUAUAGACAUUCUGAUAAAUAUGUAUACACACAUAUAUACGAGCAUAUAUCGUCUUAUAAAGCAAAAAAUAAUAUAUUUUUAACAAA